UUGUUCAUUUCAAUUAACUGACUUUUUAAGAGUUCUUACUUCUAAUUAUCAAAAUUUAAAAAAUUAAUCAUUAAAACCAGUCAAAAGUUAAGUCAAUCUUAUAUCGUAGACACUCUAACAUCAAAUAUUAAAAUGGAACCAGAAUAUUAUGACCAAUUGCCUAUCCUUCCAAUAGAAAUGAUUCUUGAAAUCAUCUCCAAUCUAAAUACCAUCGAAAACAUCACAAACUGCAUGCUUUUAUCAAAAGAGAUUAAAAAAUCCAUGCUUACAUCAACUAAGAUCAUGAGAAACAUCAGAUUUAAUCUAAAAUGCUAUCAUGAAUCUGAUAUAACCAUGAAAAUCUUCAAAGAACAUGCAAAGUUUAUACGCUGUAUGAACAUUACUAGCUUCAGCUGUAAAGAUAGUUUCAAAAAUGCAUUGAAUCGAAUGCCAAAUUUAGAGGAUCUUUCGUUUGAAAGGACGCUUGGAAUACGCUGUUUACCGCUAAGCACUCAACCCUCAAAUAAAAAGUUGUCAGACUAUUGGAACGAUUAUGAAGAUUCAUCGGAUUUGACAAAAUUAAAGGCAUUAAAGAUUGACGUCCGUGACUUGACACAUUUUCUUAAAUUAACAAAAAAUGUUAAAAAUCUAGAAAAAUUGACAAUUUUUUCUUAUGAUUCAACUCAUGAAGAUUUCAUGUUCGACUUUAUUUGUCAGCAACAUAAUCUUAAGGAAUGGAAUGUCAUCAAUCAUGAAAAUAUUUAUCUUUCAUUCCCUAAAGUCGAUCCAUCCUCAAAAGUCAAGUUUAGGUUAAAGAAAUUCAAAGUUUUGACAAAAUGGGAUCGUGCUGUUGAAAACGAACAUUUUUCAAAGUUUCUGGCAUUCCAUGCAGAAUCAUUAGAGGAACUAGAAGUUGAUUACUCAUUAAGUACACAAUCGCUUCAAUUGAUCUUCGAAAAAUCGAACAAACUUCAGAAGCUUAUCCUGUCAAGUGACAAAAAUUCGCAAAUUUACUCACGAAACCAUCGAGACUGGACUGUUCCAACUGUAAAGCAUUUUGAGGACUUAAAUUCAGAUGGUAUAGAUCUUGAAAUGGUCCUGAGGAAAUUCCCAAACAUUGAAAGACUAAGGUGCGAUAUCCUCAACAAUUCAAGUAAAAGACCAAACAAUAUUAAAUAUUUGGAGAUGAACACCAUGAAUGGAUAUUGUAUUGUCAGGCAGGAAAUCAUGAGGAACACACUAUCAGAUCUCAAGAACUUAGAGCAUCUAGUCAUGUUGAAAUUACAUACGGAAUUAUUUUCAAGGCUCAGCAAACACUUUGACGUUCUGGAGAAAUUGAAGACAAUCAACUACAGGGUUAAAUCAUUUAAUCCAAAUAUCAUAGAGACGGAUGACAAUGAAAUAGUUCCAAAAGAUUAUAAGUGCUAUAAAAUUAAAGCUGAUUUUGAGAAAAAGACUGUUAAAGUAAGCACUUAUAUUGUUCAUCAUGAUAAGGAACUUUUUAAGAAUAUUGUAAAGAGUUUUAAAGGAUUUGACUUCUUCGAGUUCUGCUUUGAUGUCAUGAAGAUUAAGAGGAUAUUCACUCUUGAUAUUUAAAUAGACUAAUCUGUAAAAAAAAUUGACAAAUUUAUCAAAUAAAUGCAA